UUGGUCACUCCUACUAUAGCCAGUUCAGGAAGUUGUGUAACUCCUUUAUCGAUGUUUCCUGCUUUGCCAUUUACAUUUUCUGUAGUUAAACGUGCUAUACGAGUCAAGGUCUCAUACGUUCAAGUUCUGUGAUUCGUUAUAAGCAUGUGGUAUUUAAUUGUGGGUGCUGUUUUAUUCGCAUCAGUGAGUGCUGACGAUAAGUGCGAUGUUUCGAAGUAUGUUGAAUGCAUGGAGCCUAUGUAUAAUGCUACAUAUGGUCAUCCACAUGGGCUGUAUCAGACCUCCGAAGAUCUGUCUGUGACUUGUCCGGUUCUUAAAGAGGGAAUUGCCUGCAUCAAGACAUUCGCUGAGACUUGCGGAACUGAGAUGAUCGCUGAAAGUUACACUGAUCAGUUUGAAAGACCAUUUGAAUUCCUCAACAAAAUCUGCGAUUCUUCUUCUCCAAUCAGAACAGAAUACCUGAAAGCAUCGCCUUGCAUGUUAGAGAACAGUGAUGAUUUUGAAAUAUGCUCUACUAAAGUUCAAGAAUUCUUAGCUUAUCACGAUGCUGAUACAGAAGAGAAAGAAAUUACUAUGACCUGCAUGUUCGAAAUGAUGCUUCGAGCUUGCUUGAUGAGUACAGGCGCCGAGAAAUGUGGCAUGGAAACUGCAAGCUUCAUUCGAAAAGCCCUGCUGUACUCUCCUUCACUCGGAUUGAAAACUUGCUCAAAAGAAUAGAACCUUGUUCAAAAGUGAAGAAUCUACUGUCGAAAAAACUGAUCUUUAAAUUAUUACGUGUUAAAUAACUGAAAAAGUUAUCUGCGAAGAUUGUUUUUUGUUUUGAAAAAAAAUUCUAGAAUGAAAUACACAUUAAAGUUAUGAUACAACAUUUAGUUCAAUGUUUUAUACAUGGGCAAUUUCAGCUUUAUUGAUGGUAAUUAAUUUCUUCGGUUUCGUAUAUUUUUAUAUUGUUACGGCUGGGAAAUAAAUGAUUUUAUUUUCAA